AUGGGCGAGAGGGAGCCCCCGGAGCCUUUGUCUGCUUCUCACCUGCAUCUCCGAGUUCUGGUUUCUCAUUUCAAGGAUGGUGUGAGGUGGUUGCUGGCCGUGACAUCUGUGAAGUUCCUGCUACGGAGCCGGGGUGAUCGUGUGACGGGGCAGCGUGUUCCGGGACAGUACAUGCAGGAGCACCAGGCUACUGCACACUAUCCUGCUCUCAGCACGGGUUGCCCUGCCGGUACCCCUGGCAUGAUGAUCAUGUGUGCAGCCCGUGGGCAGCCCCAUAGCUUCAUGCUCUCCUCCCCUCAGCAGGGCGAGCAAUGCCAGCAGCAGCAGUCUCCAGAAUGGCCAAGGACCAACCCUACUGGACAUGCUCCUUUGUCCAACAUGGCUGCACUCCCAUACCUGCUGCCCCGUGGAAUCUCCACCCUGAAGGGACCAUGGGGCACUCCAAAUGCUACCGAACUGGCUGCAGGUGACCAGUCCAAAGGUGGCCCUGACUCAGGCCGGCCAAUGACAGCGGAUGUCCUUAGCCCCAGGCCAGCAAUAAAAGCGGCCGGUGAAGCUCUGCUGAGAAGGCUCCUCCAGAGGACAAGGCCCGGCUCUGGAGAAAGCUAUGAAGGUUACCGCCAGGGGCCUCACCAAAGGUGGCUUGUGUGGGGGGCCACCCUGGGGGGCCGCACCAGCCUGCGGUUUCCCAGGGAGGGACACCCCCACUCCCCACCCCGGGGGCAACCUAGCUUGCCAGUCCCGGAUCCGCAGGCCACUGCCACCCGGGGAAGCGGAGUCUGGGCGGGACAAUGGCCGCGGCUGCCCGGGCCCCGGGAGCCCCCGUGCUGGGGAAGGGGCUGUCCUAGGGCCGGGCGCCGGUGCCCUCCCCGCGCGGCUCGGGCGGGCGGAGGGGGGCGCGGAGUUCCUUUGUGGCUCAGCCUCCGGCGCGGCGCGGCGCGGGCAGGGGGCGCCGCGCAACUUUGCUUGGCGGCAGCAGCGGCGGCGGCGGCGGCGAGAGCGAGACGAGGCCCCGGGGCCGAGCGGGGGCCCCCAGCGCGCGGCCCGUCCCCGCCCCGCCGGCCCCCUCCCCUCGCCGUCGCCAGCGCCGGGCGCUGCCCACUCGCCAGAGCCCCGGGGCCGGGCGGGCUGCGCAGCCGAGAGGCGGGGGGCCGGACGCGGCUCGCUCGCGGGGCCCAGCGCACCGGGGCCGCGCGGCUGCACACCCGGCCUCCGCCGCCGCGGCGCCUGCAGAACCCAGAAGUGAACAGCAGGCGACCCGGAAGGUUUGCGCGCCGCUCCGCACCGAGCCCUAGCCGCGCGCCGCUGCCGGAGCCGGGAGCCCCCAGCCCGGCCCUCCUCGGGCCGCCGGGCUCGGGGCUGCGGCCACAUCCCGGAGCUCCGCCAGCACUGCCAGGUCCGUGCGGGCCCGGGGCGCGCGGGGGAGAGGGCCCGCCCGCGGGAAAGUUGCGCCGAGUUGCGGGGUGGGGGCCGGGCCGGCGCGAGCGCUGUCAGCGCGGGGCGGCCGCGCUGCGAGGGCCCGGGGGUCGCCGGUGCCUCGGGCCCGGCCCCGGGGCUGCCGCGGCGGCGGCUGCGCGCGCGGGGUAG